AUGAAUAUUGAGAAAGACGAGGAAGACGUGCCGCCGACGAGAUGGGAGAAUAUUGUAGAAUUCAUCAUGUUCCGCUUCCGAUGGCUCUUUGUUGUCCCAUUCCUGCUUCCACUAUCGUUCCUCUUCAAUACUGUCUUCGAUAUCAGGAAUCGGCUGAUUCAUUUGGUCAACUCGGCGCCAAACGCUCAUGUGAGAAAAGUCAACUACAUUCAGGAGCAGCUCAAAGAAUGGAAUGAGAAUGGAAGGAAGACAAAAUUGGUAAACGCUCGUCCAGGAUGGCUCACAAUGAGUUUCAGAUUCCCACUGUACAAGGAAAAUGCGACGAAAAUUGCCACUGAUAAGCUUUUUGAUAUUUUGGAGCUCGACGUAGAAAGGAUGACCAUCAAGGUUGAGCCAGGAGUAACAAUGGGACAGAUUUCUCGUUAUCUGAUUCCACGUGGAUACACUCUUCCAGUACUCCCAGAACUCGAUGAUCUGACAAUCGGAGGACUCAUUAAUGGAUGUGGAGUAGAAUCUGGCUCCUUCCGACACGGAAUGUUCCAGCACAUCUGCGAACAAUUUGAAGUUGUUAUGUCCAGCGGAGAACUCAGAACUGUUGGACCAGAUCCGGGCGCUAAAACAAAGGAAACAAAGGAGGGAAACUCGUUGUUCUAUGCAAUCCCAUGGAGUCAGGGAACUAUCUGUUUCUUGACAGCAGCAACCAUAAAAAUCAUUCCAUGCAAGAAGUACGUGAAGCUUACUUAUAAGAAAACGUCGACGUUGAACGAGAUGUGCCAAUCGCUAACAACGGACAGUGACAGAUUCGCAGAUAAUGUCGAUUUUGUGGAGGCUUUGCAGUUUGACAAGAACAAGGGAUGUAUUAUGUUGGGAGAGUUCUCCGAUGGUCCAGAGACUGAUGAUGAAGUGAUCAAUCCUAUCGGUCGUUGGUACAAGAAAUGGUUCUACACCCAUGUGGAAGAUUUGAUCAAUAAGAGACAACAAUCCGUUGAGUACAUCCCACUUCGUGACUACUAUCACCGCCACUCCAGGAGCAUUUUCUGGGAGCUCAGAGAUAUUGUUCCAUUCGGAAACAAUAUCAUAUUCCGAUAUCUAAUGGGUUGGUUAUGUCCACCAAAGAUUGCCUUCCUGAAAGCAACAACACCAAAUGUGCUCCGAAAGCUCUAUGAUCGUAGUCAUGUCCUUCAAGACAUGCUUAUUCCAUUGGAAAAUUUAGAAGAAUGUGUCACACUGUUCGAUGAGGAAGUUGAGAUCUAUCCUCUUUGGCUCUGCCCAUUCUACCUGAAAUAUCAACCUGGACUUAUGAGGCUCAAAAAUGCGACCAGCAAAAUGUACGUGGAUGUUGGAGCAUAUGGAGUCACAACCAAGAAGGGAUACCAUCAUGCUAGAACAACAAGAGUGCUUGAGAAAUAUGUGAUUUCUGUAAAUGGAUUCCAAAUGACGUAUGCGGAUAUUUACAUGCCUAAAGCAGAGUAUGCCGAAAUGUUUGAUAGAACUCUUUACGAUUGGAAGAGAACUACUGAGGGAUGUUUGGACGCUUUCCCGGAUAUUUAUGACAAAAUUUGCCGUAAUAAUAGACGUUGA